AUGAGCGUCAUCUCGUCUUUGCAAGCACAGUCCUAUUCUAUCAUCACGAUGCGCGAGAUCGAUCCGCUCGUCCUUGAAUAUCAACAUGACAAACACCGACCCCGAGAAGCCGAAGCGCUUCGCAUGCUACAGAAAAUAGCUUCCCUCGUCAAACCUAUCAUGAGACAACGAAGCUGGAAAGUCGGCACAUUGUCUGAAUUCUAUCCAUCGCAACGAAACCUUCUAGGAUUGAAUAUUAAUGCGGGCCAGAAGAUAUGUUUGCGGCUAAGAUACCCGAGUGACGAGCGCCAGUUCCUGCCUUUGGAGCAGGUUGUUGAUACCAUGUUACAUGAAUUAUGUCAUAUUGUGCAUGGACCACAUAACCGUGACUUCCAUGCAUUGUGGAAUCAGCUUCGCGACGAACAUGAAGAGCUCGUCAUCAAAGGUUACACGGGAGAAGGGUUCCUCUCCCAAGGUAAACGACUCGGAGGCCGCCAAAUACCGCUCGACGAAGCAAGGCGGUUGGCCCGCGUUGCAGCUGAGAAGCGGCGAACACUAUCAGCUGGUUCCGGACAGAAGCUAGGUGGCGCACCGCUAUUGAGAGGAUCGGAUGUACGAAAAGUAAUUGCAGAUGCCGCGCAACGACGUAUUGACGUCACCAAUGGAUGCGCCUCGGGCUCCAACGACAGCGAGAAACUAGCGGAUGAAGCUUCUCGGAAUAGCUUCCGUACAAAAGCUGAAGAGGAUGAUGCCAACGAGCGAGCUAUUAUGCAAGCAUAUAUUGAGAUGAUACAGGAGGAUGAGAAGGAAAAAUAUGGUUCCUCGUAUGUUCCUCCUAGUCAGGCGAAUCCUGCUGGUCCAAGAGGGAAGAAGGUCUAUCCAACUAAAUUGAGAGCACCGCCUGUGCCUACACAUACGAAGCCUAUCAGGCGCUUUGCAAGCUCGGGGACGUUGUCUAGCGCGUUUGGCUCUGCAGAUCAAAGCGCUGAGAAUAUCGUCGCAGAUGAUGACAUAUCAUGGAACUGUCUAAUCUGUACACUCCAGAACCCGCCGGCCUACCUCUGUUGUGACGCAUGUGGAACAGAACGCUCUGCACAGUCAGUAACAGCCCAGUCACGACUUGUUGCAGCUGCUGAAAACCCUCCAUCCAAGCGAGCAACCUCAAAGCCGCGAAGUCGUUUGGCCUCCGAAGUGAUUACCGGAGGCGAUGCUGGUCGAGUAGUAUCCUUCAAAGGUGAUACAUCUGAGAGAAUUACGAGUCUGGAUCAAAAUAGAGCCAAGAAGCCACUUGGAUGGUUAUGCCAUAUGUGUGGUGCAUUUAUGGAGACUGAGUGGUGGACGUGUUCCGCUUGCGGGACGAUGAAGACUGCUUCCUGA